AGCCCUAGAAUCUCUCUCAGAAUUCAAUUGUGAUUGCAUAAUAUGGCUGAUACCGGCAUUAUCCUCAUCAGUCCUCUUAUACCUGAGGCACUUUUCAAAGCAAAGUCAAUCGCUGGGCAGGUCGGCUUUGCCCCUGUUCUGCAGAAGCAGUUGGAAGGUCUUGAUCCGUCGCUAACUGAAAUUCAAGAUGUUGCACGACACGCCGAGCAGAGGCAAGAAAGUGAUGCGGCCAUCAGGCUUUGGUUGCAGAAGCUCAACGAUGCUGUUUAUGAUGCGUUGGAUUUGCUUGACAAGUGUGAUUACGGUAUACUGGUUCUUCAGAAGGAAGUUCAGACUUCAAUCCGGAGGCAGAAACAGGUGCACGCCUUCUUUUCUAUGGCUAAAAAAUUUAAGAUGAUUAAUGAAUCUUUAGCUGAAAUUAGAAAGGUGGUAUUUAUUAAUCUCAUUAUCCAACUUGGAGAGCAAAACAGUGCAACUGCUUGGCCAUAUGAUGAGAUGACUCAACAUCCAAUCUCUGGCAUUUCAAUAGUAGGUAAUGCAGGAGUUGGAAAGACAACAGUAGCCAGGUCAGUUUAUAUGAAGGCAAAGGAAGAAAAGCUCUAUGAUGUAGUAGCCUGGGUGUGUGUAUCUGAGGAUUUUAAUCGUCAAAGAAUUUUGGGUGAGAUGUUAGAGUAUUUUCAUGUCCGUCCAAAUAAAAAUAAUACAAUUGAUGCACUGCUUCAUGAUCUAGGUCACCAACUAGAAAACAAAACUUUUCUUCUCAUUCUUGAUGAUGUGCGGGAAAGAGAUGCUCACAACUGGACUGUUUUUGCAUCUAGUUUUUCAAAUAUUGUGAAAACCAAUGGGAACUCUACUGUCCUAACAACCCGUUGUGAAACUGUAGCAUCUGUGCUAGGGAAAGAGUUUCCUAUUUGUAGAUAUGAUUUGCAGAGUCUAUCUGAUGAUGAAUGUUUGGGGAUAAUUGAGAAGGUAGUUCUGAGAUCAUCUGCAAAUGCUUUGAUAUCUUCAAAGCAUUGGUUGCCACUGGUUGCAAAACAAUGUGGUGGCUUGCCAUUGGUUGCAUCUGCCAUCGGAGGAACAUGGAGCAAUCAAUUUGAGUGUAGAAACAAUACAGUUUUAUCUGUAUUAAAAAUGAGAUUCUUCGAUUGUAUGCCUUCAACUUUGAAAAAAUGCUUUUCUUAUUGUUCAAUCUUUCCGAAAGAUUUUGAAAUUAGAAAAGAUGAUUUAAUUCAACUAUGGAAGGCCGGAGGAUUUCUUCAACAAAUAUCUGGUGAAAGCCCUAUGACAAUGGAGGAUAUUGGAAAUGAGUACUUUAAUGAGUUGGUAUCCAAUUCCCUAUUCCAAGAUGUGAGAAGGGAUGCUUGUGGCAAUGUUGAAUCUUGCAAAAUGCACGAUGUAGUGCAUGAUCUUGCUCUGGCUGUUUCGAAUGCUGUAACUUUGAUUUGGGAGAAUGGUUCCAAUAUUGAUGAGACUUCUACCAUUCGCAAUUUGAGAAUCAAGCAUGACGGGUUAGUGCAUCCAGCCAUUCCUAGAGGUAUUUCUCAGAGGUUGCAUUCUUUGUUUUUGGAGGGCGAAUUUACCAUUAACAUGGAAUCAGAUCCGAAAGGCUUGCGAUCUUUAAAAUUAGUCAGAGCUAAAACAGAAGUAUUGCUUGCUUCUCUCAGGAAAUUGAAACAAUUAAAAUACCUUGAAAUAGCUGAAAGCAAAAUUGAAACAUUACCUGCAGGAUCUUUCUCCGAGCUCUACUUGUUGCAGACUUUAAAGGUUAUGCAGUGCAGUCAUCUUCAAAAGAUUCCUAGUCUUGGACUGUUGCCUAGUCUCCAGGUUCUUUACAUUUGUGGAAUGAAUAUGGUAAGAGACAUUUCACAUGAGUGGCUUGGUGGCCUCACCAACUUAAAGGAGUUGCGAAUGGGUCCUUUCUGGUCGAAUUUGGAGAAAUUUCCUGGGCUCUCUUCCAUUCCUGACCUCCAUGCCUCUCUUGAAUCUUUGAGUUUGGAAGGAUGGGAUAAACUAAAUUACUUGCCAGAUGAGUUGCAACAUCUCACUGCCCUCAAGAAAUUGAACAUAUCGAGGUUUGGUAGCCUAGAAGAUCUGCCGCAGUGGUUGGAAAACCUCCAUUCUCUUCAACAGCUGAAAAUUGAACAUUGCCAUCAGUUGAAAGGUCAACCUUCUCUUCAAGACAUGCGACUGCGAGGCCUCGACAACUUAAAUUCCUUUGCCAUCGUCUCUGAAGAAAGUCUGUCCACCCAGCGGCGUCGCCAGAAUUCAAGGCCCAGCUCCUCCUUUAGCUCUGCCAUUGAGUCUAUCGAUCUAGAGAAAGUGCUUUUACCGAGUGCCAUGCCCUCCCCCAAGUUUGCCACUAACGAAGGGCUAGACGUAGGGAACAUUAACAAAGUUCCAAUGGAAGUCUUAUCUCGUGUUGGAGAUUCUUUUUUAUAUGCUAUAUUUGACUUGCUAUUCGAAAAGUUAAAGGAAUAUCUAAGUGAUCAACUAUGGGAUUCAAAGGAGGAAAUACAUGCCCAGAUGGAAAGUUGGAUGACUCUAUUGCCCAAAAUUACUGCUCUACUUCAACAUGCAGAAGAAAAUCAAGUUGCCAACCAGUUUGUGAAGUCAUAUCUUGAUGAUCUCAGGGACUUGGCUUAUGAUAUGGAGGACAUACUCGAAGAGUUUGUGAUUGAUGCCAAGAGGUCUGAAUUGAUUGCAGAAUCUAAAGCCAGACCUAGCAAGCAACAAAGAAUCAUCUCUGGUGUCAAGAAUUUUUUUAGCUCUAAUAAGGCUAAGCCCAAUCAAGAGAUUAAUUCCAUGGUGAUGGAUUUGAGCGGUAGAUUGCAAAAAAUUGAAAAUGGGAUGCGUACUUUGGGCCUGAUCAAUUUGGCUUUGAAACUUGAAGAUAGGUCUCACAAAGUAGUUGCAAAAAGACUAUCUGAGUCUUUUGUUCUUGAAGAUAAGGUGUGGGGUCGAGAUGAAGAUAAAGAUGCUAUUGUUCAGAGGUUGCUAAAAGAUGGAGGUAGUCUUGAACAAGACUUUGUUAUUCCCAUUGUCGGAAUGGGUGGACUAGGCAAGACAACUCUUGCUCGGCUUGUUUACAAUGAUAAAAAACUAGAAGGCAAGUUUGACUUGAAGGCAUGGGUUUCAGUUUCUGAUGAGUUUGAUGUUGCUCGAAUAACAAGAACCAUUUUGGAACAGGUAACUAAGAAAAAGUGUGUUUUUGAUGAUUUUAGUUCACUUGAUUUUAGUUCACUUCAAGAGGAAUUGAAAAGGGAGUUAUCUGGGCACAAAUUUCUUCUUGUAUUAGAUGAUGUUUGGAAUAAGGAAUAUGGCAGGUGGGAUGUCUUGAAUAGACCUUUCAUGUCAGGAGUUCCUGGAAGUAAAAUAAUUGUCACAACUCGAAAUAAGGAUGUUGGGACGAUGAUGAGAGGAGAUGAUGGAGUUUACAAUUUAGAAUUGCUACAAGAUGAUGCUUGUUUGCCACUAUUUGCACGACAUGCACUGGGAAAAGAGAACUUUGAUGCGCACCCAAACCUACAAGAUGUUGGUGAGAAGCUUGUUAAGAGGUGCAAAAGAUUGCCAUUAGCACUAAAAACACUUGGUGGCAUCUUGCGGGGAAAGCUGUGUCGUGAUGAGUGGGAAAAUGUAUUAAACAGUGAUAUAUGGAGUUCAUCGGAAGAUGAAAGUAGAAUUCUUCCUGCUCUGAGAUUGAGCUACAAUCAUCUUCCUUCUUACUUGAAGCGAUGCUUUGCUUAUUGUGCUUUGUUCCCUCAAGACUAUGAAUUUAAAGAAAAGGAGCUGGUUUUAUUAUGGAUGGUUGAGGGCUUAUUGCAGCAACAGUCAUGUGGAAAGAAGCAAGUGGAAGAGGAGAUUGGCCAUCAAUAUUUCCAUGAAUUAUUGUCCAAAUCACUCUUUUAGCAAUCAAGUACAAAUAAAUCACGAUUUGUGAUGCAUGACCUCAUAAAUGAUUUAGCUGUAAAUGUUGCUGGAAAAAUAUAUUGCAAUCUUGAAC